AUGGAGUCCGUCCUGAAAGGUAUAUCUGCAUUUGUAGAAGUUUGGUCAUCUAACAGAACAGAAGAUUACUCGAAAACCUUUGAACAGCAACUUCUUGAUAUGGGAGCAAAAGUUUCAAAAACUUUGAACAAGCGUGUGACCCAUGUAGUCUUCAAAGACGGACGUUUGGCGACGUGGAGAAAAGCACAGAAGAUGGGUGUAAAAAUAGUUUCUGUUCUCUGGGUGGAGAAGUGUCGAGAAACUGGAGUACAUGUUGAUGAAUCCUUAUUUCCUGCAGUAAACACUAAUGAAGGAUUACCACUACUGAUCAAAAAACACAAAUGUAUGCAGCCAAAAGACUUUGUUGAAAAAACUCCAGAACGUGAUAGAAAGCUACAGAGAAGACUGGACCAGAUGGCUAAAGAAUUAGCUGUACAAAAGAUAGCACUUAAUGCUGAAACUGAUGUACCAGUUUUACUAUUUGAAGACAAUGGUUCGCUUGUAUACAGCCCUGUUAAUAAGAUUAAAGAUCAAUGCAGUGCAAUGGAAAGAAGAAUAAAGGAAAUGAAGGAGAAAAGAGAAAAUCUUUCUCCUACUGCUUCGCAAAUGUCUCAAAUACCUCCAAGUAGUUCACCAGGAGACUGCCUGCUGUCUACUUGUGUCUUAACUAAUUCAGAAGAUGCAUUGUUACCAGGAGAACAAAUGGAAGACUGCUUGAACUCAAGUCAUGAUUAUCUUUGGGGAACUGGUAAUUUAAAGAGACAGAAAACAGAGGUAGUAAAACACACCUGUGACACUUGGACUGAUAUUCAUGUAUCCAUGAGUGCAUCAGUGAAUUCUCCCUCACAUAGCUAUGAGCAGAAGAGCUUAACAUCAAAAAAACAUAACAAAAGAAGUCUAGGUGAUGAAGUUUCAGAGUGUCAUGUUACUGAUGGCUCUGGCAAAGUUUUUAAUGAGCAAAAGAAUAAGCACAAUGGGGGGUUAAGAAAAACGCGAAGACUCCAAAAGACAACAAGGACACUAGUUAUGACGAGUAUGUCUUCCGAGAAACAAAAUAUAGUAAUUCAGGUGGUGAAUAAACUUGGAGACUUUUUGUUCGCAGACGAUGUAUGCGAAACAACUAGUCAUGUAGUUACAGGGAGUCCUCGUCGUACCUUGAAUGUUAUGCUGGGAAUUGCUCGUGGAUGUUGGAUUGUUUCUUAUGAAUGGGUUCUGUGGUCUUUGGAAUUCGGCCAUUGGAUCUCAGAAGAACCAUAUGAGCUUUCAUCCAGCUUCCCUGCAGCUCCUAUCCGCAGACUUCAGCGUCACCUAUCAACAGGAAAACACCAGCAGAAUCUCUUUUCAAACCAACCUGUCAUGUUUGUAUCUCCUACCAGUCAGCCACCCUGCAAAAAGCUAACUGAACUUAUACAGCUGUCAGGAGGGAAAAUCUGUAAAGCCUUACAUCAGGCAAAAAUCUGUAUAGGAAAAAACCCAGGAAAGAAGUACCAGGAAAUAAAAUGUUUAUCAGAAAAAUGGGUAUUAGAUUCAAUCACUCAGCAUACACUAUGUCCCAUGGAAAACUACAUUUUUCAGCUGUGA